UUUUUUUUUCUUUUUUUGUCCUGGAGGAAAACAUCACUCAGACAGACAGCUGUUGUCUGAGUGGCUGCAGAUUGAGCUCGUGGAUGAAGAGAUCUGCCAGCGGAACGAAGAAUUCGAGCAGGUCACCAUGGAAACCUAAUGUUAGCAACGUUAAAGCUGGACGGCUGUUUAAAGUCUUACCUGCCAUUAAACAGCGCUGAAAGACGGAAACACGAAGAGUUUGCCGUGAUGGAGUUUCCUCAGCAUUCCCAGCAGCUGCUGUCCGCCCUGCGGUCUCAGCGCCAGCGGGGCUUCCUCUGUGACUGCACCGUCCUGGUGGGCUCAUCCCGUUUCCUGGCUCACCGGGCUGUUUUGGCCUCCUGCUCGCCAUUCUUCCAUAUGUUCUACUCAGACUCUCCAGGAGCAAACAGCACCAGCAGCUCUGUCACGCUCGACAGUGACAUUGUCACAUCAGCUGCAUUUGGCUUGCUCUUGGACUUUGUCUAUGAAGGAGUGCUGCAGCUUGAAGAGUCACCUCCAGUGGAGGAUGUAUUGGCAGCUGCAAGCUUUCUACACAUGAAUGAGGUGGUAAGAGUUUGCAAGAGGCGGCUGCAGAGACGAGGGCCUCUGGCUGAGGCAGACAGCACACGCUCUGAAGAGAGUGCUGGUUCGAGGAAGGAAAUAGAGACACGGAGGGAGGAUGGGGGUGACCGUGGAGCAGAGCCCAUGGUGGCCAUGGCAUCAGAUCACUCAAAUCCAGUCACCAUAGCUGCACCACUGUUAUCAGCAUCCAUGGUGGCAGAGAGGAGCCAUGUGGAGACUGUGAAGUCUGAACAAAGGACUGGUGGGGGGUCAUCAGAGGCACGAGUUCAGACUCCUUUGAGCCCCGAUCUCGCCGAUACCACCCAGCCAGGCAUGGAUGGCCCUCCCCUGCCCCCAGGUGGAGAGCUGGUGCAAGGCUUCAUCACAGGCCAGUCUGCCCCUGCUCCUGGAGGUCACAUCAGGAUGGGGGCUGUGCAUCAGGGAGAAGGCACAGCACUCUGUAGUCCUUGUAGCACCACUGAGACAUGCAGCAGUAACCAGCAGCCUUCCUCCUCAUCCUCUUCUUCUCUGGUCCCAGUGAGCCAGGCUGCUGGUCGCUCACUGGUUGCUCUUCCCCAGUCAGAAUCCAGUGCACAUCCUGAUGAACCGCAACUCCCACGCAAUGGCUCUUUAGGGGAACCCUCAGUGACUGAUGACAGAAGUACAUUAGGCAAAGGACAGCAGAUGGUUAUGUUGAUCCAAGCAUCAGCUCUGACCUCACAUUUACAAUUAAGCGCACCAAAAACGCUGUCCCUGCGUGCGCCUCCACAGAUCCGAAUUCAGAGUGCCAUAUCGCUCCAAACCCAGAGCUCAGAAUCCCUCGCUGCUGCUCCUCCUCCUCAGAGACAAAUGCUUAAAGUACCUGAGGGGGGCACUGGAGCUUCAUCUAAUACUAAAAAUCACCCUCUAAUGGGGACAGAUAGGAGAGGCAAUGAUGGAGAGAAUGUGAAAGUCAAAGUGGAGGCCAUUGUUAUAUCAGAUGAAGAGCUGGAGGAUGAGAAAGAGGAAAGCAGAGAGAGAGAACCCGUGAUGGAAGUUGAUGAUGACUUUGAAGAUGACAUCCAGGAAGAAGAUCUGAACAGCCCUCAGUUUCUCUCUUCUCACCCACAGGGCUUCUUACAAUUGACCUCCCAAACAAAUGAUUACUCCUUCCCCCUCUCUCCCUCCUCCUCCUCCUCUGGGGCUGGACCUUCCUCCCAGGAUGCUUCCUCCUUCACUGCAUCCCUCAUUCCUCCAUCCACAUCUCAGCAGCACUCUGACCCUGUUGCAUACUUCCAGGAGCUCCAGGACUCUGUAGGAAACUUUGUAGAGGACGUACCAACGUGUGGUGUCUGUGGAAAAACUUUCUCGUGCACCUACACCCUGAGACGCCACGCCAUUGUGCACACACGGGAGCGGCCGUAUGAGUGUCGCUACUGCUACCGAAGCUACACACAAUCGGGCGAUCUGUACCGACACAUUCGCAAAGCGCAUGACCACACGCUGCCAGCCAAACGCAGCAAAGCAGACACAGAGUCCUCUCUGCCAGCGCAGCCACCACCACCUCCACCUCUUAGCUAACACAGACACCUUUCGCUUCCACAACAAAAUGUACAGUAUGUACAUUUUCUCAAAGACUCCAUACUGUUUGGUAUGUAAUCUGGACCAACCACCUUUCCUAUCUUUAUUCUCUUCAUAGCUGCCUUCACUUCCUCCUUACUAAUCCUCUGCAUUUCCUGAUUCACUAUCUUUUGUCUGUCCUCUUCUCUGAUUUUUUAAUUUAUCAGCUCCUUAAAGUACUCCUUCCAUCUGCUCACCACACGUUUCAUUCAUCAGUAUGUUUCCAUCUCUCUUUGUCCUUAAUCACUCUAAAGCUGAGUUUAUGGUCCAACAAAGAGAGCGUGUUUGCUGUCCGCAGUUUCGGGGUUGCCCGUAUACCUGCAGAGAGCUCCGUUGUCAUAUGGAGGCAGUGUACAAAGUAUGUGGUGCAACCGGUCUGUGAGCCACUUUUGCUUGUGCUGUUGUUGAUCCGUCAGCAUACAUACAGCAUAUAUAACAUACAAAAGAGCUGAAGUGAAGCAGAGUGUUAAAACAGUAAAAAGUUGUCAACUGCAGCCACUGCCUGUUCUGUAUUUUUCACCCCGAAUUUAAAGUACGCAGACAAACACAUUUUUGGGACCAUAAAUUACGCUUAGCCUGCUGCACAUAUUUUCCAGUCUCCAAUCGUCCAAUCAAUCUCUAUCUAGCUAAUUAUUUCUUCAAUUUACGAACUUUUGUUUCAGGUAAUCCUAGACGUAUAACCUGUUUUGCCCCAGAAGGUUGGUUCUGUUCAUCUGGAUGUAGCAUUUUCAAUGGGAGAAUCGUUUCAUCACUCACCCAAUAUCGUUUUCAGUCUCAGCUGACUGCAGGUUUCCCCAACCUUAUAAACAGUACAUUGUACAUUGCACAAUAACAGAACAAGCUCACUGAAUGAACAAUGGGUUGUGAGGUUGGUUCCUUGAUCAUUAAUAUGCAAAUUGUCCUGACCAUUGAUCAAAGACCACUGAUCAAUGGCCAUGAGUACUGUUCACAGAGAGUUGGGGAAUGGCUGCAAUCACAGCAUUGUAAGAUCGCGAAAGAUGUACCGUUGGCCCCCUCCUCGAUUCAGAGAUGGUCUUUCCCUUUUCACCUAAAUGGCCUUCUUGACUCUGCGCUCAAACCAGUGUUUCUCCCUGUCCAGGAUGUGUACAUCCUCAUCAUUGAAAGAGUGUCCACUGGCCUGUAGGUGUAAAUAGACUGUGGAGUCCUGGCCUGAGAAGUUAGCACUUAUGUGUUGUGCCAUCCACUACAUUAUAUUAUAUUACUCUGUUUAUGUAGGGGGACCCUAUCCUUAGGAUGGACCAAUUUUUGAUGCAGCAUGUUUUUGGGGUUUAAAAGCCACAGAGACUCAGUGUUUAGAAAAAAUGCGUCUCAACUAUUGUGAUACUCCUCACAUAUAAGGCAUCACUACGGGUUUUCGCUUAGGCAGCAGAUGUCCUUCUCUCCUGGAUCGGCUGGAGCUUUCUUUAGGUGCCUUCCCAGUUUUAGCAAAUGUCCAGCUGGGAUAACCACAUUUACCUUGGGCCUUCUUGACGUGAUGUUCUUCUGCUUCCCUGGCACUGUGUCGGUGUCUGUGUUGAAGCGUCCUGAUGACACUAAGUUUGUUCUCCAGUGAGAGUCAAAUCUUAAAUACUCAUCUGUAUGCGUAGGUUUAUGGUACACAUUAACUUUUAAAUGUCCCCCAUUACUGAUGGAAAUCUCACAGUCUAAGAAGGCUAACCUGUCAGUUUUCGUAUCCUCCCUGGUGAACUCCAUAAUGACAUCCCUCACCUUAUCAACAAAAUCCAAGGUGUUCUAGAUGCGGUGUUCAGAGCUGCCUACCAAUGGGUGAGUUGAUCAUACAGACAAUUGGUCUUAAAGGUGCACUUUGUUUAUGUGUCUUCGGUAAACCAUACAGACUUGGUGUUGAUUUCCCUAUAGCUUGUCAUAUGAGGUCCGGUCAAUAGCGUUGUCUUGUUCUAACUGCUUCAGACAAUCUACCACCCUCUACCUGUAGCCACUUCCUGGGUCUCGUUUGAGGGGUUCAUAAGUAUUUUUGUCACUGAGCAGUGACAGCAUGUUCUCAUGAUAGUCUUUCUGGUUUAGCAAGACCGUGCACCUACCCUUGUCUGCCGGAAGGAUGAUAAUGUUAUUGUCAUUACUAAGUGAUGUGAGUGCCUUCCUCUCCUCCAUCCUGAUGUUAGAUGCUGGGGGCUUUGCAUUGCUGAGACAGGCUGGAACUCUGUAGUUGUUCUGCUUCCAGGUCUGCAAUGUUGUUGUUUCGAAUUGCUGUUUCUGUGGCUGUGAUCAGUUCCACUAGUGGGAUUUGUCUUGGCGUCACAGCAAAGUUCAACCCUUUUGCAGGGAUGUUUUUCUCUGGUUGGGUGAGUUGUCUGUCAGACAAAUUUUUCACCCACUUGUCCACAUCCUCGUUGUGGAAUUCUUCUCUCUUCUGGCUGCCGGGGACACUCUCUGUAUUUUGCUGUUGUUUCUGACGCACAACAAGUAAGUCAAACUUCCUUUGUUGUCUGGUCUUAGACUUCUCAUGCUGUGCUAGACGAGCCUUCUUAGUGAAUUCAAGCACCUUUUUAAGAGUAUUCUCAUCUAGAAGCAUUGUAAGUCAGCUGAGACUGAAGAAGUCACUUGGAUGAGUGACAAAACGUUUCUCCCAUUGAAAACCCUACGUCCAGAUCAACAUUUUGGGAUUUACUUACCUGGAUGAUUGAGCAUGCAUCAAGACCUAACCUGUUUUGGAUUCUUUUUUUUAACACGCAUUGCCCAAAUCAGUUCUUACCUCUGCAGUUGCCUGUCUAACUUGCAUUCAUACUUGAUUCUGCUUACUUAUUCUAUAUUAAUAGAGUUAAAAUUGAAAUCAGAUGGUUAAAAGUUCUCUAAAGCACCCUUUUAAACUUACCACACAGUUACCUCUGUAUGUCUCACGCGUUAACUCGAACAGUAAAGCUCAGUUUACCCACUGGCCAGUGGUGGAAAUUACGACCCGACACUGGCCAAAUGUCUGUAAAUUUAUGAAGUGGUGUGUAAAUUUGAACAAUGCACAAGCCACUGUUGCGGGUUUAAAUUUAAACAGAAAAAAACAUUUGAUUUGCACUACUGACAUUCCGCGGGCAGCAAUGCGCCUGAGUUGCUGCUAGUCUGCUGUAAAUGCCAUUAUGUGAUCUGAGCAGGUACUAAAAUGUGACGUUGUCGGACGGGUUGGUCGGUAGCGUCACUCAAUGAGUCACGAGAGCGUCGCGUUCGCAAACAUUGAAACCACCAUUUUUGAAACCCAGCAGCAGGGGAAAUGGCUACAAAAACAACUCUAUGGUCCCCGAGUCUGACGAAAAGCCACAGACCGAGCAGCAGGUAUAUUCUUGCCUCAACGUCCACCUUUUUUUGUAGUGUUCAUGUCGCAUAUUAAUAAAGUUGCAGGGUUUUCUGAUGCAUUGCUGUGAUGACAACCACGCAGGUUAGGUAGUACUGAUUUGUAAUGGAAAACCAGUCGAUCUGAGUUGAGUCCCAUGGCGAAUCAAUCCGAGUAGGUACUAAUGGAAAAGGGGGAUCUAGAAGAGGGAGGAAAAAUCGAUCAGUAACAUUUGCAAUGUGGCGUUAUAUUUCUGGAGUAAAUACACAGUAAAUACACAGUAAGCACACAUGUUUAACAAGGCAAAUGUUACACACAAAAAAGAAAAAUUGUGGCUGGUUAAAUGUUUGAGUGGCCGAGACAAAAUUUCCCACCCCUGCCACUGACUGACUUUUAAAUCUCUCACUUUAAAAACGCUCCACAGAUACUCCAACUUUCCUUUCUGGAAAUUUGAUCCCAGUCUUACCCACACAUACUGGUAUUUCUUUCAUUCACAAAUCUAAUCUGUUUAAUGUUCACUGUUGUCUGCUGGAGCCCUGAAACAGAUUUGAUAGCUGUACUAUUGUGUACUCUUUGUAAUAUUAAGUGACACUUUGCACCCAAGUUUGUAAUUUUAAAUAUCUUCAUCAUUGUUGCAUCAAAGAUGUAUGUUUGUUAAAAUUAUCAGAAGAGAUGAAAAAGAUGUCUAAAAAUAUUAGUCAUGUGACAUGCUAUACCACUUAUGCUUUAACUCAAAACAAACACAAAGGUUUUAUUUUUUUAUUUGUUAAAUUUGUAUGACUGCUCUUUCAGUGCCAGAAACAGUUGAUUUUUGUGCCAUUUUAUAGCAACUAAUGUGAGCUCGAACUGUUUUGAAGUCACUUUGUCAAUACCUGCCUUGUUUCUUUCUCUUGUUUUCAUUUCCUUCCUCUUUGUCUCCAAUGCAGUAAGUGUCAAAUGAGGAACAUAAAGUAACUGACCCAGAAAUACUGAAGUUGCAUCUGAAAAUAAUGGAAAUGGAUAAAGGUGUUAAAUUAACUUUUUUAUUUCCAGUGACCUGCACAGGAUUGGAUUUUACAUUGUAGUUUACUGCAAGUUAUGCCCUCAGCUCUGUGCAUGUCCGGUCGUAACUUCUGCGUCUUAUCACCACACAUUUCAGACUUUGUUUGACAUUGUUCAUCAGAUACAAUCAAAUGUUGUCAAGGAAACAAAACCCUGAACGCUCCUGGCCAACAUUUCUUGAUUAGCUAACAGGUUGAUUAAUUCUCAUACCAGUUUUACUUCUGUAAUUUGACAGAACAGCAUAGAGUCUCAAGUGCUUGAAAAGAAGGCAGCUGGACUUCUUUAUGUUCUUCUUGCCUCUCAUCCAAGAGGCUUCAUCAGCUGUCUGAGACAGCUGAUUGACUGUCUUAGUGGGGACUGUAUCCUUGGAGGUGGACCUGAGGGUCAUUUACGCAUUUGCAAUGAAUAGUUUUCAAGCACUUGAAACUACCAUGACUGAGAACCACCACAGUAUCGACACACUUGAACACAUGCAGUUUUCUGCCUUCUGUUUAAACUUUAAGUUGAACACUCUUUCAUUCUGCACCACCUUAAGUGUAUUUGUAUGACAGCUGCUGUGUGUCGUUAUUACCAUACCGUUAUCAUAUCAUAAUUGCAGUUAAUACAUAUUAGAGGGUUUUAUAGUAGCCAGUCUACAGAAUCUAAAUGUGCCCUUGUGAAUAAACAGUGUUGAGUAGAACGUGCCACAUGAACAUGGUAAUUUUUUCAGUGAAUAAAACAUUGCACACUUUG